AUGGCGAAGUCAGCCAGAAGCUUCAACACCUCAUGCAUCGCCAUGAAUCCUUCCUUCUUCCUCCACCUCAUCUCGGUUUCCCCCUUCUCCACCCCAAAGAAGACCUCCAGAAACCGCCACCAACCCUCUCUCCCUCUCAUCUUCUUCCUCUCCCUCUGGAGCCUCAGCGCCCUCCUCGGCAUCUGCAGCCUCGCCUUCUACACCCUCUCCCACUCCCCCAUCGCCUGCUCCUCUUCCUCCCCUCUCCUCUUCGCCUCCCUCUCCUCCGUCUUCCACGACUCCACCGUGCCAUUGCCCCCGCAAGGCCCUCCUCCCAAUAAUCCAAACAUCUCCGCCGCUGAGAGAGAGUUCUGGUCGCAGCCUGACUCCGAGGGCUACCGUCCCUGCCUCCGAUUCAGCCUCGAUUAUCGGAGAUCUUCCGCGAAGAUCUCUAAAGAGAGGCGGAGAUUCCUUGUUGUCGUCGUUUCCGGUGGCCUCAACCAGCAGCGGAAUCAGAUCGUCGAUGCGGUUGUGAUUGCCAGAAUUCUCGAGGCUGCUUUGGUUGUUCCUGUUUUGCAGGUUAAUCGAAUUUGGGGAGAUGAAAGUGAGUUUUCAGAUAUAUUUGAUUUGGAGCAUUUCAAGAAAACUCUGCAAUCUGAUGUUCGUGUUGUGUCAUCACUCCCUUCCACUCAUCUUGUUCCCAAGCAAUCUGUUGCGAAUCAAAUGCCAUUUCACGUUUCCCCCCUGUGGAUUCGAGCUAGAUUCCUUCACCAACUGAAUGAAGAUGGCUUUCUGAUACUAAAAGCCCUAGAUUCUAGGCUUUCCAAGAAUCUCCCCCUGGAUCUUCAAAAGCUCCGGUGCAAGGUAGCGUUCCACGCGCUUCGAUUUGCCUCCCGGGUGCAACAAGUGGGGAAUCAGAUAGCAAAGAGGAUGUGGAUUGAAGGGCCUUACAUUGCUGUCCACCUAAGGAUAGAGAAGGAUGUAUGGGUGCGGACGGGCUGCGUCACCGGGUUGGGAGACGCGUACGACGCCAUCAUAGCCAACGAACGGAGGUCCAACCCGGACUUCCUAACUGAUCGCCUCAACAUGACCAGACCUGCGCGCCGCCUUGCAGGGCUCUGCCCUCUUAGUGCGCUGGAAGUGGCUAGGUUCGUCAAGGCGUUGGGCGCGCCUAGCAGUGCCCGUGUGUACAUAGCGGGAGGGGAGCCGUUUGGGGGGAGGCGCGCGCUGCAGGCGCUCGUGGAUGAGUUCCCGAACGUGGCAACAAAGGAGACGUUGGCGCGGGAUGGGGAGCUAGAGCCUUACGUGAACCGGUCGUCUAUUCUCGCGGCCAUAGACUACAUUGUGUCGCUUAGUAGCGACGUGUUUGUGCCCUCGCACGGGGGCAACAUGGGGCGGGCGAUGCAGGGGCACCGGGCGUAUGUGGGGCACCGGAAGUACAUAAGGCCGAACAAGAGGGCGAUGAUCCCGUUGCUCGAUGAUGGGUCGGUGUCCGAGGAGGAGAUGAGACGCGUCGUGCGGAAGGUGCACAAGUACUCCAUGGGGCAGCCUGAGUUGAGGAGCAGGAAGGUGGAUAGAGAUGUGUUGGCAUAUCCAGUGCCUGAAUGCAUGUGCAAACAAUGAACAUUUGUAUAGACAUAGUAAAUUCUUGUUUACUUGCAAGAUUAACUACAC